AUGACUGAAUCGGAUACACGAAAUACACAUGUCUUAUUAGAGAAAGAUGCAACAUCAGAAGAAGAAUCAAUUAUUGAAGAUUCUAGUGAUGAAGAAAACUUUAGUAGUGAAGAACAGGAACAACAACAAGCUCAGGAAAAAUUAAAUGAUAUUGUUGAUGAACAAAUAUUUAAAGAUACAAUUACAAAUGAUACUCCUCCUGGUAAAAUAAUAUUUGGUAUACAUUUGUUAUUAUGUUGUAUUCGUUGUUUAAUCGUUUUAAUUCGGAAAUGUUAUUUAAUUAAUGAAUAUGUUCGUAGACAAGCAAAAGCUGAUAAAACUAUACAAAGUGGUGAACUUGUAGUUGAUUUCCAUAUUAGAUGGAAUACAAUUUGUGUUAUGUUAACAAAAUUCAUCGAACAUCGUCGUAUAAUUGCUGAUAUUACCAAUACUCCAGAUAAAACUACGAAUCUAAAAAGAUCCAAAUGUGAUCGUCUAAUGUCAUUAACAUUACGUCCUCAACAUUGGGAAUGA